UCCGGCAGCGAGGAGCGGCCCCGGCCCCGGCCCCGGUCCCGGCCCCGCUCGGGCUGUGUCGGGGAUGGCGGCGGCGCGGCGGGCGCGGGGCGGCGCGGGGCCGGGGUUCGGGCGGGCGGCCGAGCCGCCGCCGGUGCCGCAGGGGCUGCUGCGGCUGGCGCGGCGCAGCGGGCAGCUCAACCUGGCGGGACGCGGCCUCACCCACGUGCCCGAGCAUGUGUGGAGGAUCAACCUGGACACGCCGGAGGAAGCCCAGCAGAACCUGUCCUUCGGGGCCGCCGAUCGCUGGUGGGAGCAGACGGACCUGACCAAGCUGAUCCUGGCCUCCAACAAGCUGCAGAGCCUCUCGGAGGAUGUGCAGCUGCUGCCUGCCCUCACCAUGCUGGACGUGCACGACAAUCAACUGACAUCACUUCCUUCUGCUUUAGGGCAACUUGAAAAUCUCCAGAAACUCGAUGUCAGCCACAACAAACUGAGGAGCCUUCCCGAGGAGCUGCUGCAGCUGCCCCGUCUGAGGAGCCUCCUGGUGCAGCACAACGAGCUGAGCCAGCUGCCCGAGGGGCUGGGGCAGCUCCUCACCUUGGAGGAGCUGGAUGUGUCCAACAACCAGCUCACAGCCAUCCCCACCAGUUUUGCUCUGCUGGUGAACUUGGUGCGGCUCAACCUGGCCUGUAACCAGCUCAAGGAGCUGCCUGCAGAUCUCAGUGCCAUGAAAAGCUUGAGGCAACUGGAUUGUACCAAAAAUUACCUGGAAACAGUACCUCCUAAAUUAGCAACCAUGGCAUCCCUGGAGCAGCUUUACCUGAGGAAAAACAAACUGCGUUCCUUGCCAGAGCUUCCCUCCUGCAAGUUACUGAAGGAAUUACACGCUGGGGAGAAUCAGAUUGAAAUGCUGAAUGCAGAGAACCUGAAGCAGCUGAGCUCCCUGUGUGUGCUGGAGCUCAGGGACAACAAGAUCAAGGCAGUGCCCGAGGAGAUCACGCUGCUGCAGAAGCUGGAGAGGCUCGACCUGGCCAACAAUGACAUCAGUAGGUUGCCUUACACCCUGGGGAACCUCACUCAGCUGAAAUUCCUGGCCCUGGAGGGAAAUCCUUUGAGAACCAUUCGGAGAGACCUGCUGCAGAAAGGCACCCAGGAACUGCUCAAAUACCUGAGAAGCAAAAUCCAAGAUGAUGGACCUGGCCCCAAUGAAGAGCCUCCUGUGACUGCCAUGACUCUUCCCAGCCAGUCCAAGGUCAACAUCCACGCCAUAACCACACUGAAAUUAUUGGAAUACAGUGAGAAGCAGGCUGCUGAGAUCCCCGAGGCCGUGUUCGACGCCGUGGGCGCCAACCCCGUGGCCACCGUGAACUUCAGCAAGAACCAGCUCAGGGAGAUCCCCCCGAGGCUUGUGGAGCUGAAAGACUCAGUUUGUGAUGUCAGCCUGGCCUUCAACAAAAUCUCCUCCAUUUCCUCGGAGCUGUGCCUGCUCCAGAAGUUGACACAUUUGGAUCUCAGAAACAAUGUUCUGACAGCCUUGCCUGAGGAAAUGGAGGCACUGAAAAGACUGCACACAAUAAAUCUUGCUUUCAAUAGAUUUAAGGUGUUUCCCAGUGUCCUGUAUCACCUGCCAGCCCUGGAGACCAUCCUGCUCAGCAACAACCAGGUGGGAUCCAUUGACCCCGUGCAGCUGAAGGGGCUGGACAAGCUGGCAACGCUGGACCUGCAGAACAAUGACCUCCUCCAGGUGCCCCCAGAGCUGGGCAACUGUGAGAAUCUCAGGAGCCUGCUGCUGGAGGGGAACCCGUUCCGCACGCCCCGCGCCGCCGUGCUGGCCAAGGGCACGGCUGCGCUGCUGGAGUACCUGCGGAGCCGCAUUCCCUCCUGAGCCUGGGCACUGCCCCUGAGCCUGGGCACUCCUCCUGAGCCCUGGGCACUCCUCCUGAGCCUGGGCAUUCCCUCCUCACCCCUGAGCCUGGCCUGGCCAAGGGCACGGCUGCGCUGCUGGAGUACUUGCGGAGCCGCAUUCCCUCCUGAGCCUGGGCACUGCCCCUGAGCCUGGGCACUCCUCCUGAGCCUGGGCAUUCCCUCCUCACCCCUGAGCCCUGGCCAUUCCCAUCUGAUCCUGGCCUGGCCAAGGGCACGGCUGCGCUGCUGGAGUACCUGCGGAGCCGCAUUCCCUCCUGAGCCUGGGCCCUGGGCACUGCCCCUGAGCCUGGGCACUGCCACCUGAGCCUGGGCACUGCCACCUGAGCCUGGGCAUUCCCUCCUCACCCCUGAGCCUGGCCUGGCCAAGGGCACGGCUGCGCUGCUGGAGUACCUGCGGAGCCGCAUUCCCUCCUGAGCCUGGGCACUGCCCCUGAACCUGGGCACUGCCACCUGAGCCCUGGGCAUUCCUCCUGAGCCUGGGCACUGCCACCUGAGCCUGGGCACUGCCACCUGAGCCUGGGCAUUCCCUCCUGAGCCCUGGCCAUUCCCUCCUGAGCCUGGCCUGGCCAAGGGUGCUGGAGUACCUGUGGAGCUGCAUUCCCUCCUGAGCUUGGGCACUCCUCCUGAGCCUGGGCACUCCUCCUGAGCCCUGGGCACUCCUCCUGAGCAUGGGCAUUCCCUCCUGAGCCUGGCCUGGCCAAGGGCACGGCUGCAGUGCUGGCAUACCUGCAGAGCCACAUUCCAGCAGCACAGGAGCAGCCAGGUACCCCCUGUCCCACCAGCACCCCUGGGCUCUACUGCUUCCAUCCCUCUCCUGCUCCUGGCUGGGAGUCUGCCCAGUGUUAAGAACCCAGCUGUGAAACAUUCCCGGCCCUCUGCAUGUUCCAGCAGGGAUUUCAGGAUCCCACAUGCUCUGUUUACACUGUUUGUAGUAAAAGACAGCAAGGGAAGCUGCCUCCAGCGCAGCCAGGGUGCUUCUGCAGCUGAGCUGGGCUCUGGAGAGAGCUGUCACCAUCGAAGCACUGGGGCCAAAGGCAGAGGGAACACUCUGGGGUUUGUAUUCCUGUUUUCUCUUGUUUAACUGCUGUCCCCAGAGCUGCCCCCCGGUGUGAGUGUGGUGGAGUGCUUGAGCUGUUGGGUGGUGAGAGAUCCCCAGGCGUGUGCAGGGCUCACCUGAGUGAAGAUGGGGCUGGUGCUGUGCUGAGACAAUAAAUGUUCCCCUUGGCUGUC